AAAGAAUAUUUCCUAAGAGCAAUGCCGAAUAAAUUCUCAAAGAAUGUAACCGCGGAAGAAGAGGAGGAAAUAUUUCAAGAACGUCUUCAAUUCUUUGACAAAUUUAACCUUGGACAAUAUCGAGAUAAUACUGGGAAAAUUGAUAAGCCAAACUCUUAUUUGAUUCUGUAUGGGAAGAAAAGAGAAUAAAUGGAUUUUUUCUCUCUUGAAAACAAAAUAGAUGGGAAUAUAGAUUCAAGAUAAUAAAAGAUAUUUCAACUCAUAAUAUUCUUACGUUAUUGAUUAAAGGAUUAAACAGAUGAGAUCAGUUAAGUUAAAUAGAAGGAUGCUUGAUACUUUUUAUCUUAUUGUUUUAUUUGCUCUUACAAAAGCCUUCAGUGUCAAUGUCUUUGAAUAAAAUGACCUAUUUUAUGCAAUUAUACAAAAACGCACGUCUUCUGAUAAGCACUCUUCAGUCGCAUAUCGUCUUGAAAGGGGAAAACAAGUCGGUGAGAAAAGAAUGGCUUUUGAAAAUGCUGAGACAUAUUUAAAAGGCAGCAAGUGCAUAAUUAAUCACACAGAAGAUCUUCUUAAUGAGUUUAACGACUGGAUUCAGUGGAGAAAGGAUGACAAGGACUCAAUUUUGGACAUUGGCAGCGGACCUGGAAAUUCUUUCCAUUCAACUAUGUUUUGUCGACUUCCGGAAAACUUCUCGAGAAUUGUGCUUUCGGACAUUUCCAAGCCAAUGGUUGAGUUGCAAAAGAAAGUGUUUCAAGGAAUUGAUCGCGUUUCUUGUGAAAUUCUAGACAUUGGAUCGCCAAUUGAUGAAAAUCUCUCGAAGAAACUCGGAACUUUCGACCAUGUGACGUCGUUCUUCUGCUUGAUGUAUGUCAGAGAUCAAGAAAGAGCCAUGAAAAACAUCUACAAUUUACUGAAGCCAGGAGGUGAUUGCUUUCAUGUAAUUGUGCUUGAUUCUCCUAUGCUAGACGCUGCUUUGUCUGUCUGUGAAAACCCCCGAUGGAAGGACUAUUUUUCAGGACUUCAGGAUAACGAUAUGUUGCCGUACAUAAAACUUGACAAGUUUUCAGCAAAAUUCAAAGCUCUUAAGUUGAUGAAAAGUGAAGGAUUUAUCAAUUUAAAGGCAAAAAUCAGGUGCAAAUCUAUUGACUUUGAAUCUGAUAGUGAGAAGGAGAACUUAUUGCGAUCAAUGCCGUGUAAAUUCUGUGAAGAAAUCACUCCGGAAGAAGAGGAGGAGAUAUUUCAAGAACGUCUUCAGUUCUUGGAUCAAUUCGUACUCGGACAGUAUCGCGAUAACACAGGAAGAAUUGAGAAACCAAACACUUAUUUAAUUCUGUAUGGGAUGAAAAGCAAAUAAAAGU